CGGGGUGUGCGGGGGACCUAGAAAUACUCCUCCCCUUCUUUCGCUGUAGCGCUAAGGCACUGGGAACCGGUUCCCUAUUCCGCUCUGAUCCCCGCGCAACGCAGCGCGCCUCCCAGCCUCCGCGCGUCCCCGGAAAACCGUCGCGCUCUCACUUCAGUCCCCACUGUGGCCACUGAGCAUCCCUCAUCCCUGCCAGCCUCUCUUCCCCCAUGCAGUGCGUGCAGCGCUUUAAGCUGGCUCCAGGCUUCCGUGCUGCUUACAUUGCUCCCCUUGAACUCGGUGAACCCGCUGUUGUCCUCAGGCCGAGGGAAAUCAGGCUCUCCCGCUGCACAGGCGGGUGGAGAAAGCUGCCCCCACGGCCAGGAUUGGGGAAUGGCAGGUGGUGGCGUCUAGACUGAUUGCAGUCAGUCCCCCUCGUUGUGCUCAGUCCCCUCUUAUUGUGUCCCAGCCUUUUUCCUCCCAGUGGCUCUAACCCCGGGGGUUGUGCCCCGCGCGCUGCAACCCCAUUGGCGCAGCCACGGGCCAGUUAUGUUUCCUUGUCUGGGCUUUUUAUCCCGCGGCAAGUUGGCCGUCGGCUGGGCAAGACUGAGAUGGCAACCUCACCCCCUCAGGAGAUAAUUCACUUUGCUGGAGAGGUUUAGGAUAUAAUCAGAUAAGUUUGCCCUUGGGGGCAUAUUGUUAUAUAAAUUUAAACAAUCUUUUGCUAGCGUUGCCUUUUACCGGUUUCACCUGUAGUGCCGUUUUCUUACGAGUUUUAAAUUGUUCUUUUCAAGUUUACACUCCUUAGUCUCUAGCACUAUAAACUGAGUAGUGAGUUGCAGAUUUCUGUGCAAGUUAAAGUAAAAAUGCAGCUAAAUGAAAGUGUUCAUUUGUGUACCCGUAAAAUUAAUUAUCUCAUAUGUCGCUAGUUGUAUGAUAGAAAUACUUUGGGGAACAGUGUAUGUGAAAAGUGAUUCCAUGUUUAUGAUGUAGUGUUAUCUAAUUGUUUUUCUUUUACCCAAGUAGUCAGGUUAGCAGCCUGAAGCAGCAAGGAAAGCAGACAAUUUGGGAAUGUAAAAAUUCUUAACUAGAAUUUGCUGAACAGUUCUUCCUCUACUGCCUGUCCAAAAUUUGUGUUGUAAACUUCUUAGUAGAAACUACACCACUCGGCGAGCAUUGGUGGCGUUUUUGCCUUUAAGCCCAGCACUCUGGAAGCAAGGGCAGGAUCUCUGUGAGUUCAAGGCCAGCCUGGUCAAUUAGAGCUAGUUUCAGGAUAGUCAGGGCUACACAGAGAAACCCUAUCUCAAAACAAACAAAUGAAAAAAUACACUAAACCACUCAUUGCCACUUCCUUUCAUAAGAAGUGAGUCUUCUAAAGGACUUAUAAAGGUGUAUGUUGAACCACCUGGUGAAAAAGUUAUGAGCUGAUUGUUGUAUUUACCGUGCAUCAGAUUUGAAUAUUGAAGUAAAUCAGGCAACCAACAAGUGCUCUAUACAAAAUUUCAAGGAAGAUAGAUUUUUGUCUUAUUCACUACAACCAGAAUGUUGGUUUUUUUUUUUUUUUUUUUUUUUUUCAAGACAGGGUUUCUCCAUAGCUUUUUGGUUCCUGUCCUGGAACUAGCUCUUGUAGACCAGGCUGGCCUCGAACUCCCAGAGAUCUGCCUGCCUCUGCCUCCGAGUGCUGGGAUUAAAGGCGUGGACCACCACCGCCCGGCUUGUUUUUUGUUGUUGUUCAUUUUGCAAGGCCUUUGUUUUAGACACAUUUUUAUUCCAGGUUGGCCUUGAACACCAAAUCCUUUAGCUUUAACUCCUUAGGGCUGAGAUUACAAGUAUUCACCAUCAUAGCCAACUGAAACUUUAAAAUUUGAAAUUAGAAUUUGUUUCAUAAAUAUAGUUACCAUAGUUACUUAAUUUCAAUUUACCGUGUCUAUUGUAAAUAUUGGCAGUCUUUCGACAUCACAACUUCUCUAUCAGAAAAUCUUCCUCCCUCCCUUCUUUCUUCCCUCCCUUUCUGUUCUGGGGAUUGAAUCCAGGGUUUUGGGGGGUGCUAGGCAAGUGCUUUAUCCCCAAACUGCUUGUCUAGCCCAUAGGAAAGAAUUUUAUGCUAUUGCCUUUACAUGAAUGACUUCCAGCUUAGUAAAGACUUUUUCUCAAGCCUUUGUUUAUUUUCUGACUUCAAAUUGUUUUUUUUUUUUUUUUUUUUUUUUGAGAACUCUGAAGUGGGCCUGAUGCCAUUUCCUCUAUAAGAGAUGAGAUGUACAUAGAUGUACUUUUUGAAAUUUAGCGUUGUCACUCAAAUAUUUUUGGUCUUAAUAACUUUUUUUUUUUGUUUUUUAACAGGGUUUUUCUGUGUCUAGCCCUAGCUGUCCUGGCACUAGCUCUUGUAGACCAGGCUGGCCUUGAACUCAUAGAAUCUGCCUGUCUCUGCCUCCCAAGUGCUGGGAUUAAAGGUGCGCUCCACCACCAUCUGACUCAGGUCUUAGUAAUUCUUUAUUGAUCAUGUUUUUCUUUUGCACAGUAAGCCAUUUAUUUAUUUUACGUGUGUGGGUGCUUUGCCUGCCUGUAUGUUUGUGCACCACUGGAGUUUUGGUUGAUUGUGAGCCACCACAUGGGUCCUGGCAACCAAAUCCAGGUCCUCGGCAAGAGCAGCAAGUGCUCUUAACUGCUGAACCAUCUCUCCAGCCUCCAACUCCUCGCCCACGCCUUCUUGAUCUAUAAAUUGAUGCCUUCCUUAUUUCAGUAUUUGGAGUGGGGAGAGUUUGAGAGGGCACAGGGUCUUACUGUAUCCCUGAUGGUCUGGAAGCCUCUAUCCUUUUGCCUCUGCUACCUUCUACUGAUGGGAUUAUAGGUACCAACCACCAGUCCUCCCUCUCUUCUAUUAAUUUUUUUUUUGUUUAAUUUAGGGUCUUAACUAUAUUAAUGUAAACAAGAUGGCCUUGGAUUAUAAGUAUUAUAUGCCCUUACAUUUGCCUUCUUUCUUAAAACCUAAAUUAUUUAAACCAGGGAUGGUGGAGCACACCUUUGAUUCCAACAGAGGCAGGCAAAUUUUGUCAUUUCAAAGCCAGGCUGUGCAACAUAGUGAAACCUUGUUUCAAAAACAACAGCAAAGCCAUAAAUUACUAGUUGUUAACCCCUCACCUCUCCUCCAUUUAUGUCAUUUUUUUGUCACUAACUCUUUUUCCCUCUCUGCAAUCUGGCUUUUACCAAACCUGCCCUUCAUCUCACUUUUUAGCAGUAUAGUUUUAAUUUGCUGUUUCUCUUCCUGUGUAUAUAAUCUCCAAGAACUUAUUUAUUAAUUUAUUUAUUUAUUUAUUGAUUGAUUGAUUGAUUGAUUGAUUUUUCGAGACAGGGUUUCUCAGUAGCUUUUUGGUUCCUGUCCUGGAACUAGCGCUUGUAGACCAGGCUGGCCUCGAACUCACAGAGAUCCACUUGCCUCUGCCUCCCGAGUGCUGGGAUUAAAGGCGUGCGCCACCACCGCCCGGCAAGAAUUUAUUUUUUACAUAAUUCCUUUCCCUAUAGCUGACUGUUUACUCAAACCACGUUGCCAUUGUUUUCUCUUGUUUCCUAGAUCCUGUAGUUUUUGUGUUUGCUGAAAAUUUUCUUCUGUUUUCUGGAAUAGUUCUUUUGAAAGCAUGCCAUGUGGAUCGGGGGAUUGAACUCAAGUCAUCAGACUUGGCAGCAAGCACCUUAACCUACUAAGUCAUCUUACCUCCCCAGUAGUUGUUUGAAUAAUUGAAUGAUUGAUCUGGAUGCUUGGUUCUGGUUGUGGGAUGAAGGGAAAGGGAAAAAUCUGAGCCUCUACAAAUAGCUUCAGUGUUCCACUCAUUGUUGUAUCUCUGUAUGCAGGGCAGCCAUUUUGGGGGGUGCUGAUGGAUACCUGCGGGGUCGGCUAUGUUGCCCUGGGGGAGGCCGACCCCGUGGGGAACAUGAUUGUGGUAGACUCUCCUGGACAAGAAGAACUAAACCAGCUGGAUGUCAAGGCCUCCUCAGAAACAUCCAGUGUGGAGACUUCUAUCGAGAUGUCACUGCCUACUCCUUUACCCGGGUUUGAGGAUUCUUCUGACAAGAGGCUUCCUCCAGAGCAGGAAAACCUCACCAGGUUGGAACAGCAAGAUCUUCCUUCAGAGAUGUCAAAGGUCUCAAACCCUAGGGCCUCAAAGCCUUCCGGGAGGAGAGGUGGUAGGACACCAAGAGGCCCUAAAAGGUCUCAGCAGCGUAAACCUCCAUCCACCCCUCUGGUUCCUGGUCUCUUAGAUCAGUCCAACCCUCUGUCUACCCCCAUGCCUAAGAAACGAAGUCAAAAGUCCAAGGGAGACCUGCUACUUCUGAAGUUGUCCAAAGGCCUAGAUCAGCCAGAGUCUCCACAUCCAAAGAGGCCCCCUGAGGACUUUGAGACCCCUUCUGGGGAACGACCCCGCCGAAGGGCUGCCCAAGUGGUGUCGCUGCCUAACCCAGGUUGGCCUCGAACUUGCGAUCCUCCCACCUCAGCCUCCCGAGUGCUGGGAUCGCAGGCGUGCGCCACCACACCUGGCUCUCCAUCACAUUUUUCACAGACUUCCCCCAGGGCACUUCUGUACCUUCAGGAACUGGCUGAAGAGCUCUCAACAGCCCUGCCUGCUCCGCUGUCAGGUCCUAAGAGUCCCAAGGUGAGCAGCCCCACCAAGCCGAAGAAGACCCGGCAAGCAACCUCUCAGGGUGAUGAAGACGGCAGCGCUCGGGAUGAAGACUUUGUUCUUCAGGUCGAGGGUGAAGAUGAGGAAGAAAGUGAGGCCCCAAGUGAGAACUCAUCUGAUCCUGAGCCUGUUGCACCCCGAAGCACCCCACGAGGACCCACUGCAGGGAAGCAGAAACCACACUGUCGGGGCAUGGCUCCCAAUGGCUUACCCAAUUAUAUCAUGGCUCCUGUUUGGAAGUGCCUGCACCUCACCAAGGACCUCCGAGAACAGCAGCAUUCAUUCUGGGAGUUUGCUGAAUGGAUUCCAGUAGCCUGGAAGUGGCAGCUGUUAUCGGAACUUGAAGCAGCUCCUUACCUGCCACAGGAGGAGAAGUCCCCCCUGUUCUCGGUACACCGUGAAGGAAUUCCUGAGGAUGGCACAAUCUACAGAAUAAACAGAUUUAGCUCGAUCACAGCACACCCAGAGCGCUGGGAUGUGUCCUUCUUCACAGGAGGACCACUCUGGGCUCUGGACUGGUGCCCAGUGCCUGAAGGGUCAGCAGCCUCACAGUAUGUGGCCCUUUUCUCCAGCCCAGACAUGAAUGAGACACACCCACUGAGCCAGCUUCAUUCAGGCCCUGGGCUGCUGCAGCUCUGGGGCCUUGGGACAUUGCAGCAAGAAAGCUGUCCUGGCAACAGGGCCCACUUUGUCUAUGGGAUUGCCUGUGACAGUGGAUGUAUCUGGGACCUCAAAUUCUGCCCCAGUGGGGCAUGGGAACAUCCAGAAACCCCUCGGAAGGCUCCUCUUCUGCCUCGGCUGGGUCUUUUAGCCCUGGCCUGCUCAGAUGGGAAGGUACUGCUGUUCAGUCUGCCGCAUCCUGAGGCCCUCCUGGCUCAGCAGCCUCCAGAUGCUAUGAAGCCUGCCAUCUACAAGGUACAGUGUUUGGCAACCCUUCAGGUAGGGUCUGUGCAAGCUUCAGACCCCUCUGAGUGUGGUCAGUGCCUUAGCCUGGCUUGGAUGCCUACCAGGCCCCACCACCACCUGGCUGCAGGAUACUAUAAUGGCAUGGUGGUUUUCUGGAAUCUUCCCACUAAUUCACCCCUCCAACGGAUACGUCUCUCUGAUGGCUCCUUAAAGCUAUACCCCUUCCAGUGUUUCCUAGCCCAUGACCAGGCUGUUCGUACAAUUCAGUGGUGCAAAGCUAACAGUCAUUUCCUGGUUUCUGCGGGGAGUGACCGGAAAAUCAAAUUCUGGGAUCUUCGGCGACCUUAUGAACCAAUAAAUUGUAUCAAGCGCUUCUUGAGUACAGAGCUUUCCUGGCUGCUCCCCUACAAUGGUGUCACCGUGGCUCAGGACAACUGCUAUGCCUCUUACGGACUCUGUGGAAUUCAUUACAUCGAUGCUGGUUACCUUGGUUUUAAAGCCUACUUUACUGCUCCACGAAAAGGCACCGUCUGGAGUCUUUCAGGUUCAGACUGGCUCGGGACAGUAGCUGCAGGAGAUAUAUCUGGGGAGCUCAUUGCAGCUAUUUUACCUGAUAUGGCAUCAAACCCAAUUAAUGUCAAGAAACCUGCAGAAAGAAGAUUUCCUAUCUAUAAAGCAGAUCUGAUAGCAUACCAGGACAGCCCUGAAGACCAAGAUUCCUCGGCCACCUCUGAGACCCCCAAUCCUCCCAAAGCGAGAACGUACACUGAGACCAUCAAUCACCACUACCUACUCUUUCAGGAUACAGAUCUGAGUUCCUUCCACAAUCUACUCCGUAGAGAACCGAUGCUGCGCAUGCAGGAAGGAGAGGGGCAUUCUCAGCUUUGCCUGGAUAGGCUGCAACUUGAAGCUAUUCACAAGGUACGUUUCAGCCCAAACCUGGACUCCUAUGGAUGGCUGGUAUCUGGGGGGCAGUCAGGGCUGGUUCGGAUCCAUUUUGUCCGUGGACUCACUUCCCCGCUGGCCCACCGUGUACAGCUUGAAAGCCGAGCCCACUUCAAUGCUAUGUUCCAAACCUCCUUUUCAACUGAAGGGCCUGGUUUCUCUCCAACCAGCCAUUGCCUUCCCCCCAAUCCCUAAUCUGGUCCACGCAGAACCUCUUGGAUUGAAGUCUGCCAAGAACAAAUGGCCCCCAUGCACAGAGCAUAGGACCUGGGCCCUUCCUGGACAGUGAUGGUGCCAGGCCUAGAUCUUUAGGCCUACCUGCCCAGAACUCCUUAAAUCCCUCUCCUUCCACAGACUUCUAUGGUCACAGCUCCCUGCAGGUAGGGGGGCUCCCCCUCCACAACAAUUCCUAUGCCUAAAAAUGUGGCUCACAAGAAACACUCAGGCCUGACCUAGGCUUGGGAGUCAAAUUGCUCAUAUUGAGCAUAUUGUGAAGGAGGUAAAGCUAAGUAAAGGUACUGGGUGUUUUUGAGACCACUUGUGAGUGGGUGUUUGGAGAGUCGGAAAGGAUCUUCAUGAAGGCUCCUGUCGAAUUCCAGGAUUUGAUAUUAUUGCCUUCCAAUCUUCCUCUUUAGAAUAACCAACACACAGGCCCAGUGGGUGACAGUAAUUUAUUGGACUGAAGCUGCUUGUUAUACUUUAACUGAGGAACAUCCUAAACUCCCUAUCAGUAGGACAGUGGCCAGCUUUUAGUUGCUCCUGCUUAUGAAAUAUCCCAAUCAUCGGUCAUUUGACACUACUUGAACACUCCUAGAUAGUGUUUUAAAAUUUUUUGAAGCUGGGUAUAAUGGUGCACACCUGUAAUCCCAGCACUUGGGAGGCCGAGGCAGGAGGAUCAUAAUUUUGCAUUCAGUCUGGGCUAUCUCAUAAAACCAAAAAGUAAGAAAAAAAAUCUUCCUUUAUAUCAAGUCAAGAGUAUACCUCUAUUAAUUUUACUAAUGGUUGUUAGGAGAUGUAGUCAUUCCCUGUGAGUGCCCUUUUCAGUACUUAACAGUAGCUAUCAUGUGUUUCUCAAGUCAUUUUUUUCUCUAGAUUAAAUAUCUUUAGUUAUUUCAA